AUGGAACAGAACAGAACAGAGCUGAGCAGAAGAAAGCAGAACAGACCAGACGAGAACAGAGAAGAGAACAGAGAAGAGAAUAGAGAAGAGAAAAGAGUAGAGAACAGAAGAGAACACAGAAGAGAACAGAGAAGAGAACACAGAAGAGAACAGAGAAGAGAACAGAGAAGAGAACAGAAAGAGAACAGAGAAGAGAACAGAGAAGAGAACAGAGAAGAGAACAGAGAAGAGAACAGAGAAGAGAACGGAGAAGAGAACAGAGAAGAGAACAGAGAAGAGAACAGAGAAGAGAACAGAGAAGAGAACAGAGAAGAGAACAUAGAAGAGAACAGAGAAGAGAACAGAGAAGAGAACAGAGAACAGAACAGAGAAGAGAACAGAGAAGAGAACAGAGAAGAGAACAAAGAAGAGAACAGAGAAGAGAACAGAGAAGACAACAGAGAAGAGAACAGAGAAGAAAGCAGAGAAGAGAACAGAGAAGAGAACAGAGAAGAGAACAGAGAAGAGAACAGAGAAGAGAACAGAGAAGACAACAGAGAAGAGAACAGAGAAGAGAACAGAGAAGAGAACAGAGAAGAGAACAGAUAA